AGCAAGGAACGGAUAACAAUUCUUUUUGGAUCAAAUAUGUCAGGUUCCGAAAAAAUUAAACCACUUAUAAUCGGGAAAUCAACUAAACCACGAUGUUUUAAAGGAGUUAAGAGUUUACCAUUAGAUUAUGAGUCAAACAAAAAGGCAUGGAUGACUCGUGAUUUAUUUAAAAAUUGGCUUAUAAAAUUUGAUCAAAAAAUGAGACUAAAUCAAAGAAAUAUUUUAUUAUUUAUUGAUAACUGUACAGCUCAUUGUAAUAUCAAUUUAAAAUCUGUAAAAAUCGAAUCUUUACCUCCAAAUACUACAUCUAAACUACAACCGAUGGAUCAGGGAAUAAUACAAAAUUUCAAAACAUUAUACCGCAAAGAAAUUAUUCGAAAAAUUGUUUACGAUAUUGAUGAAGCCAGACCAUGUUCAAUAAAUCUAUUACAAUCUAUGUGUAUAUGUGAAAAAGCAUGGCGUAAUGUACAACCAAGUAGAAUUGUCAAUUGUUUCAAAAAAGCUGGAUUCUAUUUUAAUGAUGAGCAGUGUGAUGGUGAUGGGUUAGAAAACAAUGACGAUGAUGAUGGUGGAUAUGAUUGGCAAAUUGUAGCAGAUAAACUUAAUAUAGAUCAAGAGUUUACAUUUCAAUCAUAUGUUACAAUCGAUGAUAAUGUUGUAGUCAGUGGAAUGUUAACUGAUAACCAAAUCAUGGGUAUAAAUAUAUCAAAUAGUGAUUCCGAAAAUAAUGAAAAUGAUGAGCCUGAAACAACUUUAAAUAUGAUUACGGCGAACCAAGCAAUGGCAUCAUUACAAACUGUUAGAUAA